AUGAAACCUCAAAAAAGUAUUAUAAAAGAACUCAAAACUUAUGAACACAAUCUUUUUAAAUAAAACAAAGAACACAAAAAGCUUAACAUAAAUGACUUUCCCAAUCUCUCUAGGAAGCCAAUUGAAUGGACAGAUUGCGAUUAAUUUAUUAAGCUCAGAUUAUUCAAAUGUGAUAAAAGAUUAGCAAUUAAAUUAUGCUAGCAGUACAAAAUUCAUAGAUCAGAUUAACAAUUUUUUGAUACCAUAUAAAAUGUCAAUAUUGAAAAUGAAGAAUAUAAGAAAAUUAAAAAUGUUACUACUUUAUGUUAUUAAUUAGAGCACAUCAUUUUUAUUGAGGCAUAUCAGAUAAAAUCAAUUAAACAAGUAAAAACAUAGACUUGAAUUCUAAGAAUCGUAGUUUGACAGUAAGAUGUCUUCAAUUCUAGACCACUCCUUUUCAAAAUUCUAAAAAUCUCUAGAUAAACAUAUUGAAACUGAUAAUACAUUUUAGCAUACAUAUAAUUUAAAACAAUUAACAAAAGACUAAUUGUUGAAAAAAUUAUAAUCAUUGUAACAUUAUUCUAUUUGAUAUUAGAAAUCAAACUCUCAAACAAAACGCAUUGACUGAGAAUGUGUAAUCAAAUGAAUCCAUUCAAAAAGUCAGUUUGCCUGUAACAUUUACAUCUGUAAACUAUUGAUUUUAUUAACAAGAUACAUCGAUCAUAAACAGAGAGGAAGUAUUCAAAAGGAUAUACUCCAUCAUCAGGUUUAUAAACUUAAAGAGAGACAAAAGCCAAUUUUACAAAGACCUUGUAAAGAUGGCAAUAAAAUUCAAAAAGCCACAGAUCCCUUUAACAAAGUAAAAAAAUAAGAGAAGAUGAGAUAAAAUUAAAGCCUUCAUUCUCAAAAGAUUUGCAUAGUUUAAAAAAUAUCGGUACUUUUACAGAAAUUGGAUAAGCUAAAAAUAAAAGCAAAAGACACAUGACAAAUUAUAGUAUAAUUAAACAUAUUAGCGGUUUUGGGUGA